GCUGGCUUCGAAAAGGACGAAUCAAUUGAAGGGAAAGGAAAAUGACGCGUCCUGCGAUUUUCCUCGUUGUUUGCUCAAUAACUCUGUUUAAUUUCGCCAAUGGCUACAAGGAGAUCCACGGACUGAAUGGCAAGCUGUUUCCGAAGGCGGCGACUUUUAAUUUUCCCGAAUAUGCAUACAAGGAGACCAGCAAGAAUGAAAUCACUUACCACGAACUGGAGGUGACCUGCGACCAGCACGCCCGAUGCAUUGGCCUCAGCCCUGUGGGCGUGGCCAAGAUCAACUGCAUUCGGCAGUGCAUCUCGCCAUCUUGCUACCAGGACAUCUAUGCCUUCAACGAGCUGGAGGAGGGCGAAAUCGACGCCAGGCUGAACUCCUUCAAGGGAUGCGUUAUCCAGCGCAUGUAGCAGCGACCGCAGUUGUUCAAGGAGUGCUUCAUCUUCAAGUGGCUGGAGCUCACAGGCAUCGCCUACUAAAUGGAGCCAAUGCCGAUCCGUUCCGAGGACACGCUCUCUUGCAGUUAAUGGAGCUGUUGGACUGACUGCGAGGAUAACACACAGGAGCCUCUUUCUACCAAAUGCUUGAGUUUUGGAUGUCAGAGGCUUCGGUGGCAUCUUGUCUGCAAUAAAAUGAACGUUUGCAUCGCAUCUGCGAUCGGUAGACGGCACCUUGAUUUAAGGCCAAAUUUAGCAAUAAACUUUUUCACUUAUAUCAAAA